CGUGUGGCACGAUUUAGCGAAAACAGGGAUUUGUCAAAUUCCGAGAUGGCAGACAGAAGUCGAAACAAGCUGCCAAGUAAUCUUCCGCAGCUUCAGAAUUUGAUUAAGAGGGACCCGGACUCUUAUAGGGAUGAGUUCCUUCAGCAGUUGAGACACUUUCAAUCAAACCUUGAAGUUUUCCAGCUGAAACCAUCUAAGUAUGUGAAGACACUGGAUGAACUGGUCAUCUUUCUGGCUCAGGUUUCUCAUUGUUACCCAGAAGAACUUGCCCAGUUUCCACAACAACUAAGAGAUCUUCUGCACAAACAUGCCACCAUUUUGGACACAGACAUGAGGAUGACUUUCUGCCGUGGCCUGAUAUUGUUGAGAAACAAAGGCUUGAUUGCAGCCACUACAGUCCUUGAGCUUUUCUUUGGCCUGUUUCGCUGCCAAGACAAACUUCUGAGGAAGACACUGUACAGCUACAUUGUCAACGACAUCAAAAAUGUGAAUGCCAAACACAAAAAUGCCAAGCUUAACACAGCGUUACAGAAUUUCAUGUACACAAUGCUCAGAGACAACAAUGCUGUGGCUGCGAAAAUGUCAUUGGACGUCAUGGUGGAAUUGUACCGCAGGAAUGUGUGGAAUGACAGCAAAACUGUGAAUGUCAUCACUACAGCUUGCUUCUCCAAAAUAACCAAGAUUCUUGUAGCAGCUCUGAAGUUUUUCCUUGGCUCAGACGAAAUGGACCCUGAGAGUGACAGUGAGUCAGAGGGAGAGCAGAAAACAGAAAAACAGCUCUUCUUGGCCCACAGAGUUGGAAAGAAGUCAAGAAAAAGGAAGAAUAAAUUAAAUAGAGCUCUCCAGAGUUUGAAGAAACACAAGAAAAAGAAGAAGCCAGUUACGUUUAAUUUCUCCGCCUUACACUUGAUACAUGAUCCACAAGAUUUUUCUGAGAAGUUGUUUCGCCAGCUAGAAUCCAGCAAUGAGAGGUUUGAGGUGAAGGUCAUGAUGAUUAACCUUAUUUCCAGGUUAAUUGGAAUUCAUCAGUUGUUCCUGUUGAAUUUCUACCCUUUCCUGCAAAGAUUCUUACAGCCACAUCAAAGAGAUGUGACCAGGUUGUUGUUGUACACUGCCCAGGCCAGUCAUGAGUUGGUGCCACCAGAGAUAAUAGAAUCUGUAUUGAUGACCAUAGCGAAUAACUUCAUUACUGAAAGAAAUUCUGGGGAAGUCAUGGCAGUAGGCUUGAACGCUGUUCGUGAGAUCUGUGCACGCUGCCCUCUCUCCAUGACAGAAGAUCUGCUGAGAGACUUGGCUCAGUACAAAUCACACAAAGACAAAGCUGUCAUGAUGGCAGCACGGGCUUUGAUCCAUUUGUACAGAACAGCAAACUCUAGCCUGCUUCACAAGAGAGACAGGGGUAAACCCACAGAGGCCAUGGCUGAGAACGAAGCCCUGGGGUACGGGGCUGUUGGAGCUAAGGACUACCUGCCUGGGGCAGAUACCUUACCUGAGGAGGCACCCACACAGGAACACCUGGACAAUGAUGUUAUUUUUGCCCCAGCAGAUGGCUGGGAGUCCUGUAGUGAAGAUGAGGAUGACAGUGAUGGGGAGUGGAUAGAUGUACCUCACUCAUCAGAUGAGGAUGAGGCACAGGCUGCAGAGGAGGAAAAGUUAGACCCUGAGGAGAGGAGAAAGCGCGCUCAGGAGAUCAGCGCUGGCAGAAUCCUCACCCAGGAGGAGUUCAAACAAAUCACUUUGAAACAGGCCCUCAAAGACGUGGAACCAGGAGCCAAAGGCAAAAAGCGCAAACACAUUGAAAUCAGUGAUGGACCUGAAAGCAGUGGUGAUGUACUACGUCUGGAGGCCAUAGAGAACGUGCACAAGAAGAGGCUGCAUGACAAAGAGUCUCGUCUGGCUACAGUUCUGGCUGGUAGAGAGGACCGAGAAAAAUUUGGAAGCCGGAAAUCAAAGAAGAAUCCAGAAGCCAGUAAAACCAACAAACAGAAGAAAAAAGGGAAAGCUUUCAUGAUGAUGAAGCACAAAGUUCGGAAAAACAAAACAAAACGAUCAUUUAAAGACAAACAAAUUGCCUUGAGAAAUUCACUGUUAAAGCGACAGAAAAGAAAGUGA